AUCGGGUUACCCGAAAGCCCAUCUCUCUCUCCAUAAACCCCUCAUCCCCUGUCGUUCGCUUCUCCAUAGGUGCUCUUGGUAGCUCGGCAUAUCAACUAAGCUAAUCGCCUGAUACAGCAGUGAAACUACAUGUAUGUUCAGAUUGUUGCCAACCUGCAAAGGUAGGCAUUUCCCACAAUAUUUCCAAUCUCAUGGAACCCAUCACCAAUUAUUCUCCACGAGUGCAAGUUGUGCACAAGUUUGGUACAAUGACGUUGGGAGCGAGAAUAAAGAGAUUGAUUUUGAGUUUCUAUUCCAAUCAUGCACCAAAACCCACCUUGCUAAGCGCCUUCACGCGCUUCUUGUUGUGUCGGGGAAAGCCCAAAGCAUAUUCAUUACCACUAGAGUUGUCAAUCUCUAUUCAAGUCUUGGCAAUGUUACUUUGGCUCGCGACACUUUUGAUCAAAUCCCAAAUAAGGAUGCCUAUACCUGGAAUUCAAUGAUAUCAGCAUACGUUCGCAAUAGCCAAUUCCAUGGAGCUGUGAACUGUUUAUAUGAAAUGUUAUUGAACUCUCAAGUUAGGCCUGAUUUUUAUAGUUUUCCUCCCGUGUUGAAAGCAUGCAGUAAUUUAUUAGAUGGGAAGAAGAUGCAUUGCUGGGUUUCCAAACUGGGUUUCGAAUGGGAUGUCUACGUGGCUGCUUCUUUGGUGCAUAUGUAUUGCCGCUUUGGAGCUCUCACGGUUGCCAAUAAAAUAUUUCGUGACAUGCCAUUCAGGGAUAAUGGUUCUUGGAACGCCAUGAUUUCUGGGUUUUGUCAAAAUGGAAAUGCUGCAGAGGCAUUGGAUGUUUUGGACAAGAUGAGAUUGGAAGGGAUGAAGUUGGAUUGCGUCACGAUUUCAACCAUUCUUCCUGCUUGUGCGCUAAUGGAUGAUAUUUUGCAGGGAAAGCUUAUCCAUUUAUAUGCCAUCAAACAUGGGUUGGAGUUUGAUGUCUUCGUGUCCAAUGCGUUGAUUAACAUGUAUGCAAAAUUUGGAAACUUGGGGCAUGCACAUAAGGUUUUUGAUCAGAUGUCUGUUAGAGAUUUGGUGUCAUGGAACUCAAUAAUUGCCUCAUAUGAGCAGAAUGGGAAUCCGGAUAGUGCGCUUAAGUUCUUCAGUGGGAUGCAGUCAAAUGGAGUUCAACCUGAUAUGCUUACACUAGUGAGCUUGGCUUCUACUGUAGCUCAAUCUAGGGAUUGCCAAAGUGGAAGGUCUGUUCAUGGUUUCAUCCUAAGGAGAUGUUGGAUUGUGGAAGGGGUGGUCCUUGGAAAUGCUGUCAUGGACAUGUAUGCAAAGUUGGGUAUUAUUGAUUACGCAUGUAGAGUUUUUGAGGAAAUUCCUUCAAAAGAUGUAGUUUCAUGGAACACUAUGAUCGGUGGCUAUGGUCAAAAUGGUCUCGCAAGUGAGGCCAUUGAAGUAUUCAAUUUGAUGGAAGGGUGUGAGGAUAUAAGACCAAAUCAGGGGACUUGGGUGUGCAUUUUACCAGCUUACUCUCACCUAGGAGCCUUGAAAUUGGGGAUGAAAGUUCAUGGGCGGAUUAUAAAAGACAGUUCCCUCUUGGAUGUCUAUGUGAGUACCUGCCUCAUUGACGUGUAUGGAAAAUGUGGGAGAUUAGAUGAUGCAAUGUCCUUAUUCUUUGAGGUGCCGAGGAUGAAUUCAGUUCCUUGGAAUGCCAUAAUAUCAUGUCAUGGGAUUCAUGGCCACGGUGAGACUUCUAUGCAGCUAUUUGGAGCUAUGAGGGAUGAGGGAGUGAAGCCUGAUCACGUGACAUUUAUAUCUCUAUUGUCAUCUUGUAGCCAUUCGGGUUUAGUUGACAAGGGUAAAUGGUGCUUUCAUGUGAUGCAGGAAGAAUAUGGAAUCAAACCUAGUUUGAAGCAUUACGGGUGCAUGGUAGACAUUCUUGGUAGAGCUGGAUAUUUGGAAAAGGCAUAUGAUUUUAUUGAGAAAAUGCAUUUAAGGCCUGAUGCUUCAAUUUGGGGUGCUCUUCUCGGAGCUUGUAGAAUCCAUGGAAACAUUGAGCUGGGUAAAUUCGCUUCGGAUCGCUUGUUUGAAGUGGAUUCGGAAAAUGCUGGAUACUAUGUUUUGUUGUCGAAUUUAUAUGCAAAUGUAGGAAAAUGGGAGGGAGUGGAUGAAGUGAGAUCAAUGGCUAGAGACAGGGGAUUGAAGAAGACUCCUGGCUGGAGCUCAAUCGAAUUGAACAACAGGAUUGAAGUCUUUUAUACUGCAAACCAAUCCCAUCCGCAAUGUGAAGCGAUUUACAAGGAGUUGGAGAGUUUAACUGCUAAAAUGAAGAGUGUUGGUUAUAUUCCAGACUAUAGCUUCGUGUUGCAAGAUGUUGAGGAAGAUGAAAAGGAGUAUAUACUUAUGAGUCAUAGCGAGAGAUUGGCUAUUGCGUACGGAAUUAUCAGCACUUCUCAUAAGAGCCCUAUCCGGAUCUUCAAGAACUUGCGGGUUUGUGGGGAUUGCCACAAUGUGACUAAAUUCAUAUCGAAGAUUACAGAGAGGGAGAUUGUUGUAAGGGAUUCUAACCGCUUCCAUCACUUCAAGGAUGGGGUUUGUUCUUGUGGGGAUUAUUGGUGAUGUGGAUGUAUUGUUUACAAAAUUGACAGCUUGGAUGUCAGUCCACGACUCCAGGUGAGUAUGCUAUACCAACCUCGAAGAGAACUGAAAACUGUAUACGAUAAUUCUGCUCAAGUUUGGUUGCCUAGUUGCUUAGUUAGUUAGUUUCUUUGGAGGGCACAUCACAGGCCUUGGAUCAAGCAUGCCCUUGGGCUUUAAACACCCACACAGCUAGUCUUUCGGAGAAUAAUGUUUACUGGGAAAGAUGGUAAAUUAAAUGACUGGUCCCUCCAACUAUUGAGAAUUUUUAUGAACACAAAUAGUAAGUUCUAUGGUGGUUACACUUUUCAACAAAUUACGGGACACCUAUUUGCUUAUGUCUAAUGAGUUGUUCAUGUGUACCUUCUUUAUUUUUAUUUCCAGAAUAGUUUGGACUUGGUUUACUGGUUAAUUGAAACUGUAUGGUGCACAUAAUGGAUGGAUGAGAAGCACAUUUCGUGUGGCACGUACAUUAUUUCCUGCACAUCAUGGAUGGAUGAGAAGCACAUUUCGUGUGGCACGUACAUUAUUUCCUGCACAUCAUGGAUGGAUGAGAAGCACAUUUCGUGUGGCAUGUAUAUUAUUUCCUUUCAACCCCAUUAUUUCUUUUAUCUAUGUUGAUCAACUUAGUUGUCCACAUAAUUGAGGUUCCGCAGAGGUUUUUUAUCACAACUUUGUAGAUGAAGACGAAGAAUAGAAGUCAAGCUGUUCACUCAUGGCGAUAAGGUUGAAGAAGGCUGCAGCUGAUGCUUCAACCCGAGAUGAAGUAAUAUUCGGAGUCGAUGUUGUACUGACCUAGUGACCUGUCUAUCUAUCUGUGAAACACUACAACAAAAGAGGGUAUUCCCUGCACUUCCUUUCCCUGUUUCUUUCCAAUAAGCCUCACUAAAGGUCAAUUUUUUGCCGGGGCUGGAGAAAACAAAACGCAUGGGGUGCUUCCCAAUUUCCCCAUCCCUUCAUAUUUUCCCUUCGGCGCCUAAGGCGGAGAAAAGCCCUAAUGUUCUUCAAUCGACUCCUCUGGUCUCCUCUCUCUCGGAAAGCCCUAUUUUUCUCUUCGAUUGACACUCCUCUGGUCUCUCUCUCUCUCUCUCUCUCUCUCUGUGGCUUGAAUUUGUAUCACGAUUGGACUGGUUGUAUCUCGUUUUGGGCAGAGAAACUUCAGGAUCGACAUACCAUGUGUUCGGCUGUUCUAUCUCUACUGGUAUUCUCUCUCUCUCUCUCUCUCUGUGGUUGGUGGAUAUGUGGUAGUGAAGGGGUUGCUGGUUCAUUGAUGGCUGUAACGGAUCUGUGGUGUGGAAGCGAAGGACGGCCCAACCGGGGGGUUGGUGCUCUCACUACCUUAAGGGUUCUGAAUCUAUCUCCCAUCCAUAUCAGCACUCUCUGUCUCUGGGGUUCGGCGUUCCCCUCGCUGCUGGUCUCUGUGUGUGUGUGUGUGUUUCUCUCUCAAUGUCUCUUUAUUUUCUCCGAUGGAGUUGGGCUUCAGUGGUCAGGGUUGGGUUUCUAGUUAGGGCAGUCUAUUAUGGGAGGGAGGGGGUCGUGGGGAAGGAGGAUUUGGGUUAGGGCACAAAAAGCUUGGUUUGCUUGUAGGAAAUGAUAAACCCCUUACUUUGUUAAUGGAGUUACUUGUGUAAAUUCUCUGUUUUUGUUUGAUCUGUUGGUUUUCUUUACUGCAUGACUGAUUUAGUGUUCCAUGAAGCUAUUAUUGUUGGAUUUUUUUUUAGUUAGCUUCAAAUACCAGUCAUAUGGAAAUCUAGAUGUAAACGUAUGUAGCUCUGCUAUUAAGGUCAUGUUUUCUAAUAUGAUCGAUGUUGGUUCAUAUGAUUACCUUAACUUGUUCAAUUCUGUGUAAUCGAAUUGAAAGUAGGUAUAUUAUACUGGCGUGCAACGAAAUGUAAAGAAAGAAAAUCACUGAAACAACUCUUUAAAUUUUUUGAAGACUAAUAUGUGAAAGAUGGGCUCAAGUUUGCAAAGGAAUUUGUAAUUCUAUUCUAGAUCUGAGGCCCUUUCUUUCAUGGUUGUAAAUGAGGUCAAUUUUGAAGGAAAGGCACCUCUCAAUUUGUUUUUGUAACUUGUUCCUAAGUGAAAUUGUUGAUUGAGUUUGUUUGUGGAGAUUGCAGUCCAUUUCUUGGUCUGGAAUGAGUUGGCUUUUGAUUGAGUUUGUAACUUGUUCCUAUGUGACCUUCUAUCUGUAUUUAUGUUUAAGUUCUCGCUAUGCCAUAC